AUCCGGGGAUUUCGCGACUUGUAUUUCGAAUAUUAUGUACAAAUGUGCCAUUUUAUGUGAAAUUAGAAAAUAAAUAAAUAUUAUAUUAUAUUCCAGUUGGAUGUGGUGGUAUAUGAUUUAUGAAUUUGAGUCAACGGUCAAGGAACCGAAAAGUGAUUAUUUACGAGGAUUUAAACGAGAAAUGAAUGAGUAAUAAACUUCAUGGGAAAUAUAUGGGUACAUGAUUUUGUGACCCGUAUGUGUUGAUACGGUUAAGUGGAUAAAGUGAAUUUAUGACCGAUAAAGGAUAUCGGAUUUUACGCAAAUGACGGAAGUUGAAAAGUGUAAAUAAAUAUAAUUUGAUACAUUAAUUAAAUGAAAGUAUGAGAUUUGAUUGUGGGAUGUAUGACUACGUGCUAUAUGACUUGUACGUUUUGGAAUAUGUGAUUCAUGUGGCUUUAGAUAAUUUUAAAUAUUUUAUCAUGUGAAAAUAUGAGUAUAUGAGCUUACAUAUUUUUUUGUAAAAUAUUUGAGAUGUGAUAAAAUCAUGGAAUUUGCUUUAUUAUCUCUAGAAUAUUCUUAAAGAUAUUUUAAGAAUGAUCGUUGAAUUUAUUUCAGUGAUUUACUAUUUUAAAAUGAUUUUACAAUCAUUAUUUUGGUUAUCAAGCAUUAUCUUGUAAAAUUCAUAUAAAAUAAUCUAUGUGCUCAAAAUAUAUUUUAAAGAUAUGGGGAGAGAGAUAAUUUCAUGAUCUUUAUUUUAAAAAUAAGAUUUGAAGUUUUCUGAGUUGUUUGAAUAUAGUUUUAUAAUUAACAAGCUCCGUUUACAUGAUUUUUGCAGUAAAAGAAAUGAGAAUUGGAAUUUUGUUUUAGUGGCCAAAAGACCAAAAUACCCCUGUGUUCUAUUCUUUAAGGUCAGCAGACCCAUCCCCAUUUCCCCCAAUUCUUCAUCUCUCUCGACUCUCUUUUCUCUCUCUCUCUCUCUUCGGUACUCUCUCUCUUCCGUUCUUCUUCGUUUUUCCGGCUAAACUCCGAUCGGUGGCUCGAUUUGUGCUCCUUUUUACUCCCUUGACAUCAAGCACCGAUUGCAUGCGUGUGUAGUGAUUCGAAAGACGAGGUCGCGAAGCUUAAGAAAGGAAAGGCUCCAUUAGGUGACAGUUAGAGGAUUACUUUAUCAAGUGGAAAACGAGUUGAGAAAAAUGUCAACCACACCAACCAACCCAGAUGAGGGUAAUCAGAAUCAAGGUCGGGAUCAAGAAGACCCUACCAUGACUCAAAUUCUCCGUCUUCUUCAGCUGCAAACCGCUGCUUUGAACCAGCAGCCCCAAGCUCCUCGAGUCGGAAGCUUUAAAGCUUUCCAAUCCCUCCACCCACCCGAAUUUAGGGGAACUACAGAUCCAAUUAAAGCGAAAUCCUGGAUAAAGGAGAUGGAAAAAGCUUUUGCUUUGACGGAGGUUGGUGAAAAUAAGAAAACGGAAUAUGCAAGUUUCUACCUGAAAGACGAGGCAAAUUUUUGGUGGGAGUCCACCAAGACCUUAGAAGGAAAUGGUAUUAUUACGUGGGAAAGGUUUACGGAGUUAUUUUUGGAAAAGUAUCUACCUCAAUACUUACAAGAUCAGUUGGAAGUUAAGUUUUUAGAAUUGAAACAGGAAGGUAUGACUGUGGCAGAAUAUGAGGCAAAGUUUUCAGAAUUGGCAAGGUUUGUGCCAGAAUAUGUGAAUACGGAACACAAAAAGGCAAAACGGUUUCAACAAGGACUUAAGUCAUGGAUACGUAGUCGAGUGGCAGUUUUUGAGCUUCAAACAUAUGCUGCAGUGGUUCAGAAGGCUAUGAUUGUGGAAGGUGAAAGUGAGAUGUCAAAAAGAGAGAACGAUAGUAAGAAAAGAAAAUUUGAAAGGUCUGAAGAAAGUCAAGGGCAAUCAAGUGGAAAGUCUAAAGGUAAAUUCAGGAAAGGUUCUGACAACCCAACCAAUAAAGGAUUUCAAGGAUCCAAGCCCGGAAAUGUUGGACAGAGUAACCGUUUCUCCGGUCAGAAUCAGCAACAGGAAGGUAAUAGACCUCCGGCCCCAGAAUGUAAGACUUGUGGGAGGAAGCAUUCUGGAAUCUGUAACAAGCCUAACAUCACAUGCUUCAAAUGUAACAAGAAGGGUCAUUAUUCUUCAGAAUGUACUAGUACUUCGGGCAAGAAGGGCGUGACAUGUUUUAAGUGUGGCAAGUUGGGCCAUAUGGCAAGAGAUUGCAAGGAGCCUGUUCAACAAGCAAAUGUUCUGAGGAUAGCUGGAUCACCAACACCGACACCUCCAGUACAACCAAGAGCCAGAACUUUUAAUAUGACGAUGAAAGAUGCUGUUCAGGACUCAGAUGUGGUUGCAGCUAAGCAAGAGGAAGAUGGCCAGUCCUAGGUGCUCUGUUCGUUAGACUGUCUACAUCCCCCUCUCUGUUUCGUUAGAUUACUUUACCAGCUCAGGUAGAGGACGCUUUGGAUAGUCAAUGGGGAGUAAGUAUGUUAGUAUGGACCGUUGUGAACAGUACCUUUGAGAUGUUUUACAUAAUUCCAAGUCGGAAUUAUGGUUGAUGCUAUUUAUUAAGGGUUUGUAAUAAGUUUAUAACUUAUUAUUUUGGUUAGUAGUUGUAACUUGUUUCAUACCAUCACCUGUUAAAGAUCCUUGUGGUGUAAAGGGGUUGAGUAUUUAUAUUGCUAAA